AUGGAGCAUUCAGGCUUGAGGAAGGCGAGCGCGCUAUGGUUUCUGCUGCUCUACGUGCUGAUUGGAGUGCCGGUGUGGUACCAGUUCACGUCCAUCCAACGCGCGCAUCUUCCGGCGCAGUAUAUUGAGCAGCUGCGCAACAACAAAAACAGCGACUUGCAUAUGGUGAUUCCCGUGUACUUGCGGUCGCCGGGGCACCGGUUUCCAGAUCUGCACGAUGCGGUGCAGGUGCAGGUGAACCAUGUGCUGAAGAAGCAGGACAAACAGGUGGAGUGGUCGCUGCAAGUGCUGCCGUAUGAGGAGGGCGUGGAAAUGAGCAAGGAGUACAUGGUGUCUCUGGUUCCGGACAGCGCGCCGGGGUUUGCGCUGCUCUUUGGCUUCCGGGAGACGGUUGUAUACUACGACGAGGAAACAAUACGGCAGAACGACCUGCCGUUCUUCAUUGCGCAGACGCUGGUGGAGCAUACAUUCGAGCACGAGUGGCGGCGCCUGGGCCAGGGUUACCAGCCCUCGGAGCUGCAGGAGGGCGUGCGCAACAUGGCAGUGGAGUAUAGCCCGCAGAUGCACCUGUCUGUCAGCCUCCUGACAGGCGACGGGCACCCGGUCUCGUGGGACAUUGAGGCUGUUUCGCAGAAGUAUCUGACGCCCCUCAGGCAGCUGCUGUCGCCGCUGGUGAACUUCACGGUCGACACGGCCGUCACGUACUUCAACAGCCUGAACUUGGACAAGCUUAAGGGCAGACAGUCGCUGUCCGAGAACGAGCUUGCGCAUACGGUAGAUCUCUCAGACCUGUCGUCCGCCAACUACUACCAGGAACCCUCCGCGCUUCAUCUGGCUAUCAUCUUCCCGUCGGCCGAGACAGGUCCUCUACUGUUUAUUAACUCCACCCGGCACUGGCAGUCGUUUCUGGUACCGCAGUGGGGGACUCUGAUCAUUAACGACAGGCCGCUGCCUGAGAACGCGCAUCUGGGUGAGGAGUACCUCGCUCCGAUCAUGCAUCGCUUUUCAAGGGAGCUGUUCACGCUUCUGGGCAUUACCGAGGCUCCGGAUAGCACGCACUCGCCACAGUUGAUGCUGGACUCCGCCCAGCGCUUUACCAUCCUGCGGAAUCUGAACAAGAGUGUCGAAACGCUGUGGUCGCUAGUCAAGAUGACAGACAACCUACCGCAGAUGUCCAUCCCUACAGACGUCCUAGAGAAUGUGAAGCAGGCGUUAGCCCUGCGUCUGGAGGUUGUCGAGCUUCUGAACGACCCUCUCAAAACCAACUCGUCCGAUAUCUGGGCCGAGGCGCUAGUGAAGAGCAACCGGCUGGCAGCGCUAUGUGAAAAAGCGUUUUUCCAUAAAGAGAUGGUUCAGCAGAACUUCCUCCCGCAAGAGCACAAGGUGGCAGUCUACUUGCCACUCCUUGGGCCGCUAACCAUUGUCACAUUUGCUGGCUGCUUCAAAGUAUUAACCGAGCAUACAAAGAAAACUACUGAGAAAAAGGAGAAAGGGGGGCCUCAAGAUGUCUCAGAGGUCUCAGCAGAUACUGAGCUUGAUACUGUAGAACAGUGA